AUGUCACAUGAUCCCUUCUUCCAAUGCGGAUGUAACCAUGACUUUCGGGGACAAUUCUGUGAAGUUCACCCCUGUUCAUACAAUCAUUGCCAAAAUGGUGGAUCCUGUGUACCUUUGAACGGUGGUAAGAACGCCAGAUGUGUAUGCCCUCCAGAGUUUACAGGCCACCAUUGUCAGUACACAACUACCACAACGACCACCACCACAACGACCACAACUACACCGCCUACUACGACUGCAUACAUUGGAUACCUCCACUGCAACAAGUACUCAACCGUGGCGGACCUCGCCCACACAGCACCAGUAACCAAUCAGAACGCGUCUGAGUGUGUACACUCGCAAAGCCACGCCUCCUCAGAAGCCCUCGUAAUGCAUGAUUGUAAUGUAACCACACCAGAUACUUGGCAAAAAGGACGGAAGAUCGUUGGAAACUGUGCGUCUAUCCCAGCCUAUACUGCCAUUGGGACAUUUGCCAGUGACGCUUUCCCGACUGGACAGGGACUUGCCGGGAUAUUUCUGGAAUGCCUACCCAAUGGAUUUAAGGUGGCGUUACAGACAUGUGACCACUCAUCUAAGAUAAUACAUAUCGAAACAGGAGGGGUUGGUUUGUUGGAUCCGAACAUGUACUUCACCAUUCAGUAA